AUGGAGCCAGCGCCCCUGCCACGCGCGCUCCGGCUGUCGUCCCGGGGGCUUCACCUCGCCUGUUUUGCUCUGCGCGGGCAAGCCAGGGGGCGCGCGCUCGUCGGUGGGGGGCGCCCCUGCUCGGCCUCGGGGCCCCGCACGUCCCGCGCCCCCAGCCCCUGCGGACACCACGGGAGCGCGGCCGCGCGGGAACUCCCUGAGAGAGGCGCUUCUGGAACCCGACGGGCGCUCGGGACGCGCGGGCUCGCGGGCUCGCGAGCGCGCUGGCCGGGCUCGACUAGCCGCACCGCAGCCCGCAGCCCGCAGCAGCCGCUUGGCUUGGCCAGGAGCGCUCGGGAGGUGGCGGGAGAAGUUGUGGAGUGCGCCCCGCCCCUCGCGCCCGCCGCCGCCGCUCCCCUGCGGCAGCCGCGCCGCGUCCCCGCGGCCACUGUCUGCGCCCCUCGCGCUCCCGGGACGGGCUUCCCCGCUUGGGAAAUUGAAAAACCAGUAGCUGUUUCAGAACUCUUCACAACUUUGCCAAUUGUACAGGGGAAAUCAAGACCAAUUAAAAUUUUAACAAGACUGACAAUUAUCAUUUCGGAUCCCUCCCACUGCAAUGUUUUGAGAGCAACCUCUUCAAGGGUCCGCCUGUAUGAUAUUGUUGCAGUUUUUCCAAAGACAGAAAAGCUUUUUCAUGUUGCUUGCACACAUUUAGAUGUGGAUUUAGUCUGCAUAACUGUAAAAGAGAAGCUACCAUUUUACUUCAAAAGACCCCCUAUUAAUGUGGCGAUUGACCGAGGCAUAGGCUUUGAACUUGUCUACAGCCCUGCCAUCAAAGACUCCACAACGAGAAGGUACACAAUUUCCAGUGCCCUCAAUUUGAUGCAGGUCUGCAAAGGAAAGAACGUAAUUAUAUCUAGUGGUGCAGAAGGGCCUUUAGAAAUAAGAGGGCCAUAUGAUGUGGCAAACUUAGGGUUGCUGUUUGGGCUGUCUGAAAGCGAGGCCAAGGCCGCGGUGUCCACCAACUGCAGAGCAGCACUUCUCCACGGAGAAACUAGAAAAACUGCUUUUGGAAUUGUCUCUACAGUGAAGAAACCUCGGUCAUCAGAAGGGGAUGAGGAGUCUCUGCCAGCUUGCAAGAAAGCAAAGUGCGAGGGCUGAUAGGAGUGCCCGGUCUAGCCCUGUCAGUGCGCCCUCUGCCCUUUUAUACUUCACCAGCUACGGUGCAAAUAACACUUUUGUAUGA